AUGUCCGCCACCCCCCACGCCUGGAACGCUCCUCCGCCCGUUUACGACACUCGUUCGACCACCGGGCUCAAACCGUACCUUGAGCUACCUCACCUUCUCUCUCUGACAUGGCUUGCCUACCCCAUCCUCUCUCUGCUCUUCGUCGCCUUCCGCCUCCAGCUCUCCGCUCAGUCCGCGCAGGCCAGUGCUGCCAGUGCGAAGACCAACCUCCUUGCUGCAUGCCAGGCUGCGCAGAAGGCCGCCACAUCUGCGGCGAGUAUGCCCCGCUACCUCGCCGCCAUGACCAAUAACGGCAUUGCCGAUGCUGUCAACGAUACUAUGAAUGCUGCUCGCGAGGCACUGGUCCUCACCUUGACCGUCAUGGAAGCCAUCAUCAACUUCAUCGUCGAUAUGUACCGCUCUACUUUCCUGUGCUUCUUAGAGCUGGUCGUGCGUGGCGCACUUUCACUGCUGAUUGAUGCGGUAUCCGAGAUCAACUCAUUCCUCACCAACACGUUCAGCUCAAUUCGCUCAUCGAUUCAAGGUGAUGUCGGCAACGUCAAUGGCGUGGUUCAGUCGCUCGUGGACAAGGUGAACGACUUGAAGGUGUUCGGAAAUAUCACAGCCCCACAACUCAGCAUCCCGGCACUGUCUUCUCUGGAGAAUGUUACUCUUCCCAACGACUUUCAAGAGGCGCUUAUCAAGCUGAAUGGCUCACUGCCCACAUUGUCUACGCUCAAGAGUGAUCUUGAUGAUCUAAUCGACACACCCUUCGAGCUGGUCAAGAAGGAGAUCAAUGACACCUUCGCGAACCUCACAUUCGACCGCGCGGUGCUUCCCAUCCCCCAGCAGAACGCGCUCAGCUUCUGUGACGACAUGGACACCUCCUGGGUGGAUGACGUCGGAAGCGACCUCGUCAAGGUGGCGCACAUUGGCAUCAUCAUUCUCAUCGUCCUCGCGCUGCUCCUGGUCGGUGCGAACUGCUUGUUCGAGUGGUACAAGUGGCGAUGCAUGAGGAAUCACCUGCAGUAUACGCGCGACGCGUGGACCUCCGAUCCUACGGCUUACAACGGUGGCGUCUCGAAGUUCGGCACCCCUCUGGUGGACAUGAGCGACCACAAUCUGCUUGUUCUUGCAGCAGACUCGCAGCACCCGCACCUUAUGAAGAUCGCGAAUGCGAUCGCACGUUUCCUCCACCUCUCCCCUUCGCAGUAUGUCAAUCUGCGCUGGUUCAUGCACUAUGUCUUCCAUCCUCCUGCGCUCGCGUGCUUCCUCAUCGGGUUCUUCGGUCUCCUCUCAGUCGAAAUUCAGCUGAUCGCCAUCCGUCCCAUCGCAGACAAGUUUGGGGACCAGGUGUCGGCCAGUGUGUCAAACACGGUGGACGUCAUCGGUACAUCCAUCAACGGGAGCAUGUACAAUCAAAGCGCGGCGUAUGCAGGCUCGAUCAAUGCGCGGGUUGCGACCGUGCAGACAACCAUCAGUGGCGGACUCAUCGGCUGGAUCGACAACUCGACCGUGACGCUGAAUAACACGAUCAACGCGUUCUACACGGACCUGCAGAACACGGUCAACAGCGUGUUCAACGGGACGGUCAUGCAGAGCCCCGUCGACGAGUUCAUCAAGUGCUUCAUCGGCUCCAAGGUCGAGGACCUCGAGGAGGCGCUCACGUUCCUCCACACGAACCUCAACAUCAACCUCCCGACGGUGAACGAGAGCGUGCUCGUGCUCUCUCAGGGCGACAUCAACGAGAUCACGAGCCCCAUCGCGGAGGCCGCCGUCGGCUCGGGCAACGGGAACAGUGAGGGCAUCGUCGGCGAGAUCGUCGACGCGUACGUGAAGUCCCUCGAGGGCGAGCGCAUCAUGUUCGGCGUGUUCAUGGGCCUCUGGGCCUUCGUCGUCCUCAUGGCGCUCGCGAUCAUCUUCUGGCACGCGUACGGCAAGCACUGGGUCGAGGCGUACAAGCGCCGCAAGUGGGAGCGCGAGCAGCGCCGCGGCGUCGACGGCCUCAUCGUGCCCUUCCGUGACAUGGGCCCUGGCGGGGCCCAGCACGAGGCGCAUGCGGACCCCGAGUUGCGCGACUCUGCGGUGGUUAUGGACGAGAAGAAGGGCGCCGGGGAGGCUGCCCCGGACAGUUUCCUCGAGCACGACUCAUCUGCAGGGCGGCCUAGCCGCUUCACGCAGAUGCUCACCGCCCCGACACGCUUCAUUACCUUGGGCAAGCGAGCCUUUGGUCGGGACAACGUGAGCGAUGAUGAGGAGAAGACUGCCGCGCUCUCGAUGCACGACGAAGCCAAGCCGGAACACCCGAACACCACUCGGUGGACCCAAUGGCUCAGCGGCUCCAAUGGCAAAGGCUCUGGGAACGCGCAGACCGGUGCGAUGGACGAGCCUGAGCCUGAGAACGAGAAGCCCACAGGCGAGCGCGUUCGACCUCCGCUGACCAUCAACGUCUCCCAAGCUUCCACCGCCGAGUCCAACAUGACCACCCUCGCGCGGGAGAACGACGCGCGCCCGACCUCCGCCUGGUCCGUCUCGCCCGGCCCGCCUCCCAAGUUGCCCUGGAUGACGAACAUCCUCCCGACGCGCCGUGUCGGCCUGCCGACCAACCCCUACCUGAAGCGCAAGUCCCAGCACGCCGUAGUCGUCACCCCACCCGCGCCCGUACCCGCGCCUGAGCCACAGCCCAUCAUCCACAUCGCCCCCAUCCCGCUGCACCACGCGUUCGCCCGCCCGCCGACGCCCACCACGGAGGUCUUCCGGCCGCUGCAGCCCCCGCCGCGCCACCCGGGCCUGCGCCAUCCGAACCUGCAAGUCCGGACGCAGACGCAGCCACAACUCUCGCCACAGUACCUCCAUCCCCAGACCACGCUCGACCCCGACACGUCGACCCCCGUCACGCGCCUGCUGACGACGACGCACGCGCGGCACUCGUCGAUGGCCGUGGACCCGUUCGUGACGCCGUUCGACGACGAACACCGCGCAAUGCCCUCACCCCAGACGCCUGCGAUCACGAACCCGUUCGUGGACGACGACCCGUUCGCGGACAGAAGGGAUAGCCACCGCGAGCCCGCCAGCGGUGGGCGCAAGCUGAAGCGCGCGACGAACCCUUUUCUGGCCUUCGCUCUUUGA